GUUUACCGCUUUGGCGGUUGAUUGCACAAUGGAUUAUCCCGUUGGGAGCUACCAGCGUCGUUGCUCUGGACCUGGCAUUCUCUUCAGCAUUUUGUUGGUCAGCAUUGCAACACAUUUAAUUUGCACACAAGAAGCUGCUGCACAGGAUCAAAAUGCACCACCCAUUUUAUAUGUGCGAGAGCGAAAUUGGCGCAUAUCGGAAGCAGAGCAAGUGGGACAAAUAAUUGAACGCGUGCGUGCUGAAGAUGCCGAUGGAGAUGAUUUGGUGUUUGGCAUUGAGCCGCGUUUUCUUAACCCCACGGGCUCGGAACACAAGCCACCCAAGCUGCCCUUUCGCAUUGAUGCGGACACGGGUGUCGUUUAUCUCAACGAGAGCCUGGCAGGACGCGCUGGCGAGAACUUUUUGAUCUAUAUAACCGUCAGCGAUGGACGCUAUACAGCCAAGAAUGAGGUGUUUAUAAACAUAUUGGGACGUCGCGAGAGCAACGGCUUCAAUGGCUUUGGCUCGCGGUCACCGCCUUCGAUAUCAAACGUAGUGCAGAAUAUAUCACAAUUUCUGCCCGCCUUCGAUCAACUGCCCGGCGUGCAGUCCAUUAGAAACGGCUUGCCACAUCGCCGGCCCAGCAUCAGUUUGCCGCCUGGCUUUCCGGCUAAUAACGUGGGCAGCUAUGGCCUACCUGCCUAUGCUAAUUAUUAUCCAACGCUGCCAACAAGCGCCGCUGGAGAAGCGGGCCUAAUUGAUAAGACAGUGACGGACGCUAAUGAAGCGCAGGCAACCAACCAAGCGACAAGUGCGUCCCAAGAGACAAUAAGCUCCACUACGCCACGUAGUCGCACCAAGCUAACGCCGAUUUCGAAUAGCAGCAGCUCAACGAAUAGCAACGCCGCUGAAGUGCCGGACGGCGGCAAAUUGAACACAAUUACGUUGUUCAGCUUCAAGGCGUCGGCCAUGCCAAUUGUUAUUGGCGUUUGCUGCAUGUUUGCCGUCGUGGCUGCCGUGCUGGGCUAUCUGUGCCGCAGACGCUUGUGCGCGAUUAGCAAGACCCUCAAGAAGUCCAAGGAGAAGGAGGAACUGGCCAAGCAAUCGCACCCGAGUCAUCUAAGCGACGAUAGUCGCAAUUCAAUGGUGAUGCAACAAUGGAAUGGACCAGUAGCAUUUAGCAAUCGCUAUGUGCCCUGGGAACGGGAUCAGCAGCUGAAUAUAAUGUCAACUUCACAGCUAUCAACAAGUGCUGCAAAUGGCGUUGAUGCUUACGCUGCUGUGGGUGUCAAUGGCGAUGGAGCUGCUGCUGGCGGUGGCGGAGCUAUACCUGGGGCUGGUGCUGUGGUGGCAGCCACUGGCCACCGUGCUGGCGCUGCUGGCGAGAACAAAAGCGAUCGUUGGGAGUUCCCCAGGCAUCGCUUGAAGUUUUUCAACAUAUUGGGCGAGGGAGCCUUUGGGCAAGUUUGGCGCUGCGAGGCCACCGAGUUGGAUGACUCGGGCCAUAUCACAACCGUGGCAGUGAAAACGCUAAAAGAAAGCGCAACCGAGGCUGAGAAAAAGGAUUUACUCUCCGAGCUGGAGGUAAUGAAGUCUCUAGAGCCGCAUGUCAAUGUGGUUAGAUUUUUGGGCUGCUGCACCGACAAGGAUCCCACAUUUGUGAUACUGGAGUUUGUGAAUCGCGGUAAGCUGCAAACAUACCUAAGGAACUCCAGAGCAGAAAGACAUUACGGCAAUACGCAUGGCAAGUCAAAUGUAUUGACGUCAGGCGACUUAACUUCGUUUAUGUAUCAAGUAGCUAAGGGCAUGGACUAUUUAACGUCACGUGGUAUUAUACAUCGCGAUUUGGCAGCGCGUAAUAUUUUAAUAACCGAGGAUCACACCUGCAAAGUGGCUGACUUUGGCUUCGCUAGAGAUAUUAUUACUUCAAAGAUAUACGAGCGUAAAAGCGAGGGCAAGCUGCCUAUAAGAUGGAUGGCAACUGAGUCACUAUAUGAUAAUCUAUUUUCGGUUAAGUCGGACACCUGGAGCUUUGGUAUACUUAUGUGGGAAAUUGUUACCUUGGGCUCAACGCCAUAUCCAGGCAUAUCAGCUGCCGAUGUUAUGCGCAAAGUAAGAGAUGGCUACCGUUUGGAGAAGCCCGAGCAUUGCCGUCGUGAGCUUUACAACAUUAUGUACUACUGUUGGUCACAUGACCCCAACGAGCGUCCCACAUUUGCUGAAAUUAUUAAAAUGCUCGACAAACUGUUGCACACCGAAAUGGACUAUAUAGAAUUGGAACGCUUCCCGGAUCACAAUUACUACAAUAUCGUAAACCUCAGUGGAGAGAAAUUGUAACAACUGUGCAGUGCAUAGCUUGAUUUUUACACUGCCACAAAGAGCUUUAUAUUAUUAUUAUUAAACAUUAAGAAAGACUUGAUUUUGAUACCAGCUUACAGUUUAAGGUUUUAUUUAUUUACGCUGCAUGUUGCUUAUGUCAAAUACCGCUCUAUGAAAAUAUUCAUCACACAACUUCAUGUAACAUAUUGUUUUAAACGAAUAAAAAAAAUGUAUUGUUAAAUAUUAAAACUUUCUGCGCCACUUUAAGCAACUGCUGUGUGGGUGCACGUCGUCGUCAAGAAUAUGGACAACGUCAAGGCAAUAAAGACAGAUUCGAAAAAUUAAGCUCUUAUACGUGCUGCGAAUUUUGAGCAAGUAAAUAUGAAAGUAUCGAUUGGCUCGUUAAGUUCCAAGCAAAAUAGAC